AUGGCCCUGACUCUUAUUCUGAUUGGUAUGGUUGUUCUUCAAUGUGCUGCUGACUGUUGUACUUCCUGUUCAAGGUGUAGCUACGACAGAAGUCAGUGCGGAGAAUACACUAAGCAUGGAGUAGCGUUCUACGCAUACAUUUCCAAAGACUUUGCCAUAAGUACAGCCAGUUCCACUUUUGCAUUUGAUGUAGUAAUAACAAACAAUGGAAACGGGUACACCCCUCAAACAGGGAUUUUCACAACACCAAUCUCCGGAGUUUAUGGUUUUUCGUGGACAAUGAUGGCUGCCGGUACACAUAUUGCUGGAACAAAAGGUGAUUAUGGUGAAAUAAGAACCCAUAUCAUGCAAAAUGGCAUAAUCAAGGGAACCCUUCAUGUUGAUACUGAAACAUAUGGAGAUGAUGCUUCAUCAACUGGAUUUGUCAUCUUGAACUUAAACAAAGAUGACACUGUCAAAAUAUCAAAAGCUUGGAUAGGAGAGGGAUCGGCCUACAGUAAUGAGCAGCAAGGAAGGUGGACAUUCUCUGGUUUCAAGAUUGCAUAA